AUGGAUAGCAUCAUGAAUUUUGGCCACAACACAACAGAAAAUAUUAAAUAUGCUAUAGGUCAAACACUUCAGCUACAGGCUGAAUUGAACGCAAGACAAGAUAAAGUGAUGUCAUGUUUAGAUGAAGGCAAACGGUUGAACAUUGCCUUCAAACAGCAUAGCGGGAAAUAUUUUAAAUCAGAGUAUCAGCAGCACUAUCAGGCAGUUGAAAUGAAACCACAACCAAUUACUCUUAGUACAAUGCAAACUGAAGAAGAAUCUAACAUUUCUACUGAGGAAAAGCAGCGACCUACUGCAAGCAGUUUAACUGUGGACGCUACUACUGAAAAAGAUGUCAGCAGUGAACUGUCAUCUAUUCGACCAGAAUAUCCAGAUUACCAAUUAAAAUCAGUGCGAAUUGAUGAGAAGCACGAUCAAAAAUCAGAUGUAUCUUCGCUGAGUCAGUCGACACUGCAAAAUGAUGAUCAUGUUGAAGAUGAAAAUGAUGAAAUCAUCCAAGAUCUUCAGACAAGAAUGACCCAGCUGUUAACAUCAUGGUAUAAUUUACACAGAAAAUGGUAUCAGAUAUACAGAAGACUAGAAUUACAACUUAGUAUAAAUGAAUUUGCCAGUGUUGCAGAUUCAUUGGAGAUUUGGUUAUCGCUUCAUUCAUCAGAGGUAGAAACUUCAGAAACAGGAGAUUCUAUCAAAGAGACACUAACUUUGAUUGAUCGACUUGAAAUACUCGAGCGAAAUUUACUACCACAAAGAGAAAGAUACGAAAAAGUGAAACAACUCACAAAGUUCGAAAUAAUUGACAUUGAAGAGAAUAUGCUUAAUCAACCGAUAAGCUGUGUAAAUAUUAGUCGCAGUUCAGAUACAGAUGAAUUAGAAACAUUUUUAAAAUAUUACGGUUUGAACAGAGAUGAGGAGUUAGAUGAAAAUUUGGAUGUAGGACAGAAGAUGGGUAGAACUGAUGAUGGUUUCCAAGACGGUGUUGAAUUAGAUGCCAUCAGUAAUGGAGCAAUGGAAAGUGAAUCAAUUUCUAUAGAAACAUUCGGUGAUUAUUUAAUGCGAAAGCAUGAAUGGAUUAAUCAUAAUUGUAAAUCACGUGAUCGUUCCUGGUAUGAACUAUACGUGGUGUUGAAUAUGUCGGUGAGACAAUUAUUGGCUUACAAGACGAAGUCAGAUUACAAUGAGUCAAAUCCUGAGAGUAACACAUUUCGCGGAGAAAUGGGAUUAUUGGUUGGGCCAAACCUACUAACCGCCAAUGAGACAUUAGAUUAUACAAAGCGACCGAACACUUUUCGGGUUACAGUUACCUCUACAGGCGCUCAGUAUCUAUUUCAAGCUCCGAAUUCUGAGAUUAUGUCAAAGUGGAUCACUUCAAUCCAAAAUGCCAACCAACAAAAAAGACCUACAUCAGGUCCAACCAUGAUCACCUUAUCAAGGCCUUCUGAAGAACUUGAAAGUCCACUGGUUAUUAUGGAUAUUCAAGGAACCCCAGCAACUUCUAAAAAAUCGACAUUAACACAAAUAUUACGGUCAAAAACAACACAACAAAUUUCCUGUAUACGGAGACACAGUUCAGGUCAAGACAAUGAUGUAGAUGAUUUUGUUCAAAGUAUAGAAUCAUCUCAAAUUCGAAUUAGAAGAUUCCCCUCGGUGCGUACAAUGAAAGCCUUAUCUCCAAGACAAGUAAUGCGUUGGCUGACUUUCAAAUAUUCUUCUAUUUCUUCCACUUCGUCUACUGCCAGUCAUCAAACUCCUACUCUACUUAGAAGUAGUACAUCGCAUAACAUUGAAAGUGAACAGUCUUAUCCAUCAGUUCCAGUUUUACGCAAAAGCCAAACAUCAGGUUCACUGCAUAAAAUUAGUAGAUUUUCAAUAUCGAAGAAAAGUUCUAAAGAAAUUUAAAGAUAUUUACAUCUGGCGUCAACAGGCAACAAUUCUAUGUAUUGAAUAAUUGAAAUUUGUACUUGUCAUUCCUUCAGGUCUUUUUGUGUUAAUUUUUGUAUCGUUUUCAUUAAACACAUCAAGAAUGUUGCC